AUGGAAAUCAGAGAACCAUGCGGACUUGAAUGUUUGCAUCUUCUUUCCAAUUGUUAUCUCCAAAUGGGCCUAACAAUAUCAAAUCCUAAGUAUGUUCCAUCAAUUAUUGAUCAAAUUCAGCAAAGAACAAUGGGAUUAAGGAUAAAAUAUGAUGGAAAGAACUUAGUGUCAGGAGUACCAACACCAAAAGUUGUCAAAAUACCAGAUUCUAUCAAAGAUUUACAUUCAGCUGCAACAUGGAUGAAAGAAAAUCAAGGAAUCACAAAAGAAACAUCAUUAGGAACACUUGGAGCAAAUGAUAACUUUGUCAUUAUGAACAUGUGUCACUGUAUGGCUGAUGGAAAGUUUGCAACACUACUUGCAGAAGAAUUAUCACAAGAUGACAUUCCAAACAUCAAGCCUCUUGAAGGAAUUCCAAUUGAUGUAUCACAAUACUUCAAGAAACAGAUGUCAGAGAACAGAGAAAUCAUUCCUUACUGUGCAUCAAAUCCAAACAUCUCAAGAUUUGUUUCGAAAGUACAAAAUCCAGUUAAAUCAAGAUUCGUCAACUCUAAGCAGUUCAGAUUCCCACUUAAAGAUCUAGUUUGCUACCAAAACGGCAAGGUUAAUAAAUUAUUUGAGCACCAAUGCAUGGCAGCAGCCAUUUCAUUUGCUGCUAUGACAAACAAUAAGAAUAACUAUUACAUGGGAUGCUCAAUUCCUGUAAAUAUUAGAGUUUGCGACGAUUACAACCAACAAUAUCUGAAAAACUACUUCGAAAACAAGUUUAAAGAUGAGAAGGACUACAACAGAAUUGCUGCUUACAAGAAAUACGCAUUCGCUAACUUCGUUGGCGAGUUAGAUAUCUUUACAAAAGCAUAUUCAAGCGAAAAGGUAUCAGAUGUAUACAAGAGACUUCGCAAUGCUUACAAUAAGAACUACAAUGACGGGUACCACUUCAAAUUCCUCUCAUUGAUGAACAGAUUACAAACUGACACCUCAAUUGCAACAGAAUUCCCAGAUGGAGGUGGAAUUGAGAUCUCAAUGAUUGGAAAGAUGAAAGUCGGCGACAGAAUCAAAGACUUAGUCCUUGACUCAAUUGUUGACGGAGAUUUGCUGAGUAAAUGGCUCGCAUUCGUCACUUAUUCGCUCGAAACAGACAAAGAGAAGUAUUUCUCUGGAUUCUUCAACUACAUGGCUGGCGACGCAAGCCACGAAGAGGUAGAAAGAAUCGUCAAAGGAUUCACUUUCUCUCUCCAAAAUAUUGAACCAAACACAAAGAUUGGCGAUGCUAUUGAGUACGUCAGAAAACAUGUGUAA